AGACGCGGCCCUAUGUAGGUCAUCUGGGAGGGACUACUGUGGGCUACAUAUAAGUUAACGCUACUGAGUGGUGACAGACACUUCAACCAAACCCUUGAACGCUGCACCUGCACAGAUCAGUUUCAGAAUCAAGACCCAAGAUGAGUGGAUGUGUGUGCGAUCCCCUUCACAAGAUCCCUGUGGAGAUUGCCAAAGAGAUGUUUCACCUUGCAUUGGAGGCUUCCUGGCACGCCGCCAAUACUCUAGCGAAUAAGAAAGGCGAAGCUCAGGAAAGCCUCGAGAAAGCCAACGGCCAUUACAAGAAUUUCAUGGAGUUCGGGCUUCCCACAGAAAAGGUAUGCCUGAUGUUCAAGGACAUGGCUUUCGCAGCCGCCUGGUCUACGUCCAACGAGCGGAUGGGUGAAGAGUCCGAGGCUGCAAGCAAUAAGGCCAAAAGUCUGCAGAAGAGUCAAGAAAUGGUAGACUCAGGGGAAAUCGAAAAGAGUCUGGCGGAUAAUCUCUGGAACAUGUGCUGGUACUCUGCUUGGCAUACAGCCAAUACCAGGAAGUGCAUGGGUUUCUUCUACAGAGACGAUGCUGCAGAAGAUAUGAAAAAGGCAAACUCGUUCUUUGAAGCCAUUGAAGGAGACUGCCGUCUAGUGGCUAUUGAUUUCAUCCAAGACAGAUGCACCUUGAUCAAUCCCGUGAAACCCAAGUACUUUGCUGAACAAAAGCUGGAAAAUAAAAGUGAUCUCGCGCAAGAGAUGUCCUGUUCGUUCAAGCACUGGAACACAAGCACGAAAUCCUUCAGCGUAAGCGUCAAGUGGAAGUUCACGGUGGCUGGCGCUAUAGCGGGUCUUUACUUUGUGGCUGGCGGCAUAGCGGCUUCUCUGUCGUAUAGCAAGGAGACAACUGAAGGAAGCAGUAUCACAGACGGAGAGGAAAAAAAAUACAACUUCGAAGUAAAAGUGGGUCCAAGGAGCAUGGUUACCGCAAAGGCUAUUGUCCAAGAGGCUACAGCCGAAGUUCCAUACUUCAUGAUUUUUGACAUCGGGGGCAAACGCUACUGCAAAGAAGGAUUGUGGAGCGGAAUAGUUGCUGGGAGAGUGGAGUAUGAGAUUGGAGAGAGCAUCCCAUUGGAUUAAUAAUCCAUGUAGAUUCUACAUUUACAAUUAGACAACUGAUGACGUCAUCAAUUGAUUUAGCAUCAAUGUAUCCUUAGUGACAUUAGUUGGAGUGGACAGUGUAACUGUCUGAUAAAAAAACAGCAGCAGUUUUUCCUUGAUUUCGAGAUACUCACUGUGUGGACUAUGUGCUUGCUUUCAUGUUUGGUGAGCCUUCAAUCAUUUCGACUGAAUAGUGGGUAUCGAGGAUUAUUUUGAGUUUAGUUAUAUUUUGUAUAUUACUAUUUCAACAAGUGAAUUUUCCUUCACCUACAAAAGUGCAUUAGUUCAUCCACAGGAAAAUGCAUUACUUCAUUUCUUUUGGUACACAUAAAUAAACCGAAACAAUAGAAGUCCAAGCCAAAUUAUAUUUGUCUCCAUCAUCUAACAUUUAACACCACCAUUACCCAUGUCCAGUAUACGACUCUAAAUGUCUCGAUUAGAAUUUUGCCAACUCAUUUCAGAGAACAUUUCAUGGUCAAAUAACAAAUAAUAUCGUGCCAUGGAAGGGUUGCACUACAUCAAUACUUCAAUAAAUAGUUUCUCCACUUUAAUGAAAAUGCCCACUUAUAAAGAAGUGCAUAGAAUAUAUGACAAUGUUUGGUUCCUGGCAAUAGGUUUUGCUUUCCGUUUCAUAAAGAUCAAAGUAUAAGUAUUUUGUUGUUACCAAGCAUACUAUUUUACCUUGUUUUGAGUUCUAGUUGUUCAUCUAUAUCAAUAUUGCAAAAUAAAAUAUUUUAUUACCUGUUAAA